CCAUGACAACAAUAACAAAGAAUGACUGGAUAGUUUUCUUUAUUUAAAUAGGUACCUCUUAAUUUAUAGUACGUCGGUACUACAAUUUACAAAUUACAUUUUACCUAAAUACACAUUUUAAACUUAACACUAUAUUUUAUUAAUUUCCUUUCAAUACCUAUUUAAGUUUAACACAAUGAAGAUUACUGUGACGACAUUCGAAGAUCAUUUGUUUAUACUUGAUGUGAGCGAGGACUUGGAGCUUAUUAAUUUCAAGGCAUUAUGUGAAGUUGAAACAGGAUUCCCAGCACAACAAAUCGGACUUUCUCAUAAUGGUCAACUUUUGGGUGACGAAUUUAAAACCAUGAAAAAUUUAGGUAUCCACGAUGGCGAUGUAAUUUUUAUUGAAAGAGUUACAAACAACUCUGCUGGACGCUCAUUAAAUACUUCAACUAGUAGUAUGCAUAAUUUUAUAACAUUAACAACAAUGUAGUUGGUUAAUAUUUAAUUUUUUUAUUUUUGCAUAGGUCUUAUAUCACAAUUCGAUUUUAGUCGAAUUCAAGUGCCUGGCACAUCUAAUAGUUCCCAGAACACUGCCAGACAAAAUAGAUUAAAAGAUGCAGAAUAUGUCAAGAAUUUAUUUCUCUCCAGUCCAGAACAACUAGCUCUCCUUAAACAAAAUAAUCCUAGGCUUGCUGAGGCUUUAACUUCAAACAAUUUGGGUUAGUAUUUAAUAAUUAGGUUAUGAAAUUCUUACACUUCAAAAUGUAGGUAUUCAUAAUAUAUUAUAAUAAAUAGAAUAUAUUAAAUAUAAACCCCCUUUAAAAAUGUAUCAAUCAUGUCUUAAUACAAUUUUAUAACAACUGAAUAAUUUCAUAAAUUUUUUUUCACUAUUAACUUAAUUUACACUUAUUUACAUUAGAUACUGUUACUUAAUCUUUUUGGCUUCUGAAGUGUACAGUAUUUACUUAGCAUUUUUGGAAUUAAUCCAAAAUGUGGUAGUUUUUAUUAUUAUUAUUAUGAUUUGUUAUUAUUGAAGUCAGAAUAAGUCUAUCUGACUUAGAUUUAGAGUUACUAAUGUUUAAACCCAAGUGACUCACCCGGUCUCUAGAUCCACCAAAAAUGCUGUUAUUUUUCAAAGUUUAUGUAUAAUAACUUCAAAAUUAAAUAUGAUAGAUAAAUUUUGUUUAUAUCAAUGGAUUAAACAUUAAAAAUCACACACUUCGAAAAAACAAAUUGAAAAUGUUCUCAUUAAGACAUAGGUGAAACAAAAAAUCCAAAUUUUAUGAAGUUUUUCCCUAUAACUUCUUAAUGAAGUUUGUUUGACUUUUUUUUUAAGAUUCAUAAUAUACAGGCAAGAAAAUACAAAAAAAAAAAGUUGGGUCGUAAAUUAGAUUUAUUCCGGUGAAUUUUAGCAAUUAAUAGGAAAUUAGAAACUAUAACAAAUAGUAUUUUAAUCUGAAAUUUCUAAUUUUAGUCUUUAAAUUGUUUUGAAAUUAUUAAUUUGUAUGCAAUUAUUUUGUAGAAGAGUUUUCAAAAAUUAUGAAUGAACAAAUGGAAGAUCGAAAAAGACGUGAAGAUCAAAGAAUCAAAAUGUUGCACGCUUCUCCAUUUGACUCUGAAGCACAGAAACUUAUAGCUGAAGAAAUACGUCAAAAAAAUAUUGAAGCUAACAUGGAAGCAGCAAUGGAAUACAAUCCGGAAAUGUUUGGAACAGUUGUCAUGCUUUACAUUAAUUGUAGAGUGGAUGGACAUCCUGUGAAAGCAUUUAUUGAUUCUGGAGCUCAGACUACAAUAAUGUCAUCUGCUUGUGCAGAAAGAUGUAAUAUAAUACGUUUAGUUGAUACUAGAUGGUCAGGAUUAGCUAAAGGUGUGGGUGUACAAAAGAUUAUUGGCAGAAUACAUAUGGUUCAAGUAGCAAUUGAAAAUGAUUUUUUAACCACUAGUUUUUCUGUUCUUGAAGAUCAACCAAUGGAAAUGCUUUUAGGGCUAGACAUGUUAAGAAGACAUCAGGUAAAUUCAACUAUCAACAUUUAGAACAUGGAUUACACUUUAUUAUUCAUUUCAAAUAAAAAUUUAAUCAAUAUUUAAUAAUAAUUAUUGUUCAAUUUUAUUGUAUAAUUAGUGUUGUAUUGAUCUUGAACACAAUGUUCUGAAAAUUGGAACCACAGGAACUCAAACACCUUUUCUGUCUGAAAGUGAGUUGCCAGAUUGUGCCCGUUUAACUGCAUCUAGUGAUUAUAACAUACACAAAAAAGAAGAUAGCGAAUUAAGAAAAGCUAUAGAUGAAAGUAAAAAAAUGAACCAAAGCGAUGGUAAAUAUUUUAAUUGUACAUAAAUUAUUAUGAAAUUAAAUUUUAUAUAUUUUAUUUAUAAUAGAGCAUAUAGGUAACCAUCAUUACUUUGUUGUGUUUAAUGAAUUAGGUAAACGAAAAAGGAAUGCUUACUUUGUCCAGGUUCCACAUUUCCUAUUAUUUCCAGGUAUCCGUUGAUUUCCAAUUAAUGAUAUAUAGUAGUUCCUUUGUUUAUGUAUUUUAGAUUUUAUUUGCUAUUAUUCUAUAGCAUUCUUAUCUAAUUAAUUGUUUCUAUCAUUUAACAUUUAUUUAUUUUAUUAUAGGUAGUAACAGCAGUUCUGUUCAAUCAUUUAAUGAAACUGAUAUCCAAGAACUAAUGAAUUUAGGAUUUUCUAGAGAACAGGUAUACAUUAUAAUUAGUUGAGUAUUUCUUCUUUAUCUCCUAUACCUUCAUCCCAACUAUUUGGGAUCAGCCACCCUCGUUCUAAACUUCCACUUGACCUAGUCAACCGCUUGCAUACACCAGCAGUCCUCGUAUCAUUCUCAUUCACAUCUAAUCACCUCUUCUUCACUUCUUUCCUAUUACGUUUACUUUCAUUGUAAUGAAAGUAAACGUAAUAGGAAAGAAAUGUGAAGCAGUAAAAAUUAAAAUUCUUACUGCUUAAAAAAGAUAAAGUAUCUAAAUUAAAUUAUUAAAUAUCUGCCACAUUAUUUAGUUUGGAAAAUUUAAAUUUAUAAAUCAAACUUUUCUAAAGAGUUUGAUAAGCAUUUUAACAUUCAUAAAAAAAAUCACAUAUGUAUAUUAAUUAACUUACUGAACUUAUUAAUUCUAAUUAAUUAAUAAUUUAACCAUACACUAUCAUAUCUUAUUAUGUAUGUAAUUUUAUUAUGGUAUUGUAUAUAGAUAUUAUGAUAUUAUAUCGAACAGGACAAACUGAAAUUCCAUGUAUUAUAUUUUUAAAAUUUAAAAUUAUAUUAUAAAUUGAAGACCUAGAUAUUCUCAUCUCUGCCUACACUCAUUCUCUGAUAUUUGUUUUGCCUACUGCCCAACUCUUCAAAUCAUAUAACAGUCUCGCCAUAUUGUGGAACUUAACUUUAAGUCUCGUUAGAGUUCUCUUCUCACAUAUAACACCUGAUAAUUUUCUCCACUUAAACCUAUAUUUCUCAUUCUCAUAAAAGCUACGGUUCUUUUGUACAAUGGGUCCUAGGUACUUGAAACUCUCAACCUCGCAUAUAGCCACUUAUUUUCUUUAAUUCGCCGUAAUCUUCCAAACUCAUAAAUACUCCUUUGUUUUAUUUUUUCUUAUCCCUAGGUCCUUUCUUUCAAGGAUUACUCUUCAUUCCUCAAGCCAAUUGUCAAUUUAUUCCAGAUCAUGCAUUGUAGUCCUCUUGCAUCUCAAGUACAUUCGAGAUCAAACUUUUCACCAAAGUCUCGUUUAGAAGUCCUCAUAUUGUUUGACAAUAUUUUAUACCAGCUCUAAACCUGAUGCUACGACAUUUGUUGCCUCUUAUGACAGGUAGAAUUUACCGUGUAUUUAUUCUAAUCUCCAUUCAAAGAGUAUGGUUUUUUCUUCUAUAAAAGUGAAUUCAUCUACCCUAUAUUUGAGGAUUUAUAAUUUUUUACAUUAUUAUUUUGUCAUACAGUUAAAAUUAAUAUAUAACAUUAAAUAUUAGAUAAAAUUAAAACCUUUUGUACUAACCAAAAUAAUGUGAUAUUAUCAAAAUAAUAGUAAUUAAUUAAAGUCAGGAGAAUAAAAGUUUGGAUAAAAAGUCCUUAAAAUAAAAUUUGUAUCAUAUUAUAAUAUACACACUGAAAUAAAAAAAUGUACAAACAAUUAUUAAUUAUAUUAAAAUAAUAACCUUUUUUUUUUUUUUUAUUAAAAAUAUAAAUUAAAUUUUUUUCCCUGAUAUGACAACAUAACCUUAUGUCAUUUAAAAAUUCAUCAACUGUGAUUUCGUCCUCAUAAGUUUUCGAUAUUAAGUUGUUUAAACUAAACUUUUUCUCUAGAAAGUGGUUUAGUUUAUUCUUUGCUAAUUUGCCUAAUUCACAAAAUGCUAUUUUUGCUUUAUCAGUCCCUAUUUCAGCACAAAAUUUCUUUGAGUUUCCAGAUAGUCUAGUGAUCAUUGCUAAUUAAAUGUGAAAACUAAUUAUUCCAAAUCUCCUAAAUAAUGUUGGUUCAGUGUUUUUUUGUUAUUAUUGGUCAAAUAUCUUAUUUUAUAAAAAUAUAAUAAUUUUAUCUUACAGAUUCUUUGUCUGAUAAUCAAUAAACAUAUCCAGACUUUUUAUUUACAUUUUUAUAAAAAGGAUUUUUUUAAUCAAAAUGACGAUCUCCCCCAUUAUUUAUACAUAAUAUUUAUGUAAUGUUCUAUGUACUAUUCGCAUUAUAUUAUUAAGCACUGAUUUUAAUUUACUUCUUUUUUAUUUUAGGUAAUUCAAGAAUUAAAAAAGUUUGGUGGAAAUAAGAAUGAAGCAUUGGCCUCUUUAUUCUCCAAAGCAAUAAAGUUUUGACAGUUGUCAGUGAAUUUAUAAAAUAUGAUUAUGUAUUCUUCCCUUUCGAGACUGUUUUAAUAUAUAUUUCAAUAAAUUUCAUUUGUAUUUUUUUUAAUUUUUACUUGCAUCUUUAAAAAAAUUGUGUGGUUGACUUUAUGAUCAUUAUUAUUUGAAGUAUACAUAAUUUUAAUAUAGGUUCCUUUAAAAAGAAAUUCAUAAUUAUUUUAUAAAAAUUGUGUUAAAUCAAAAGAUUUUAAUAUUUUUUAUUGAAUCUUAUAUAUUAUUUUAUUUUAAAUGCACUUUUCUAAAUUAUUUAGUUUGGCAAUUAUGAGUUUUUUUAUAUUCCUUAGUAAUAAGUUUUAUCGCUGGUAUCGUGUUGAUUUUAUAUUAGAGACUGUAUUUAUAUUGUGAAAACUAUUUGUCUAGUAUUUUAUAAUCAUUAGAGGUAAUAAGUUUUUUUUUUUUUUGUUAAUGUUAUUAUUGUAAACUUUUAAAAUAUUAACAAUUAAGGUAAGGUUUUGGAUUAUUGAAAACAGUAAUAUGUUAAAUAAUUAGUAGUUUCUUCAUUACCUAAAAUAUUGUGUUCAAAAAAUUGCGUGAAAUUAUAAAAAAA